AAGGAGGCCAUUCCUCUCUUCUUUUCCUCCGCGAUGAAAAAGACCAUAGCAGUAGUGAAAGAACGAAGAUGACCCUUCUUCUCCUCCGCCAAUAAGUAUACUUCCUAGUCUAUUGUUCGAGUAGGGAAGCUUCUCCAAGGACGAAGUCUUCAUCGACCAUUGUCGAGUAAUAGUGCUUCCAUCUUGGUCGGAGAACGAUCCACUACCUCAGAGGAAAAAUCUCCCAGCCACUCUCGCUUUGAGGUUUUACAUGAUGGUUCGUACAAAGAAACUAGCUAGUCGGAAACGAAAGACUCCAGAACCUACUAAAGCUGUUAAGGCUAAGGGCAUGAAGUGGUGGGCGACAAACCUAAGGGCAAGAAAGUUAUGGACGAGAAAGUUAAGGGCGACAAACCACAUGAGAUGCAACAUCGCUUUCAAACAUCAGCGUUGUUUGGUGUUGUGAAAUUCUGGAAGGAGGAUAAGAGUUACUAUGAGGAAUGUCGCUAGAAGGUGCAGAAGGCGGGAUUCGAAGGACUGUUGGAGAUUCGAAUGACCAACUGUGAUAAGCAACUGAUGUUGGUAAUGAUUAAACACGGAGUGGGUGGGAGAAAACCAGAAGGUGAUGACCUUGGAUGAUGAGGACGUGGCCCGUGUCUACGGGCUUCCCAGAGACGAGUUGGAAGUAGUGAAGCAAAAGUGUCAGGACAA